CAGUGUUUAUACAAUGGGGAAGGUGAGCAGCAUCAUAGGUCGUCGUCUCUGAAGGAGUUACACGUGUGAGUCUGGACUCUUUGAGGUCGGAGGUCUGAAGAAGAAGAAGAAAAAGAAGAAGAAGACGAAGACGAAGACGAAGACAGCACUUGUCCACUGAAGAUGGAGAGUGGGGAUGACGGUGUCCUCAGGUCCCGCUGCAAGUCCACCCCGAAGAAGAUCAGCUUCUCUGACCUGGAUAGCUCUAUAGAUGGGGAUAGUAGUCCUGGGGAACAUCGGCAGGGAAGCGGAGACAACCACAUCACCAGCAAUGGCAAGAUUGAAGUGGAACAUGUGAUCAGCAGAAAGCUACAGCUGAAAAGAAAAGCAGAGUUCCUGAAGAGUGAUCUGAUGCAUCAGUUUAACAGUCAGGUCAAUGACUUUGUGGACAGUCUUAUUGAAGAGUCGGCCAGCCUGGAGCCAGCACCAGUUCCUGCCGUCUUCUCACCCCCACUGUUAGACAAGGAAAAGAGCAAACUCAGGAAUUUCCGACCUCCUCAUGGCCAGGGAAAACAGUUUGUCAGCCGCAGGUCCCUUCUAGAUGAGCUGUUUGAGGUGAACCACAUCAGGACCAUCUACCACAUGUUUAUUGCCGUCCUCAUUCUCUUUAUCUUCAGUACACUUGUGGUAGAUUUCAUUGAUGAAGGCAGACUGGUUUUGGACUUUGACCUGCUGGUCUAUGCAUUUGGACAGUUCCCUCUAGUGGUGUGCACAUGGAUCUGCAUGUUCCUGACUGUGUUGGUGGUUCCCUACACCCUGUUCCACCUGUGGUCACAGACCCAGUCUGGGUCUCACCCCAGGUUGUACACUUUGCUGUUUGGAUCAUUAUUUCUGCUCUACCAAGCUCUAGGUCUGGGUUUCCUUCCCACAUAUGUGGUGGUGACCAACAGUAUGCCUCCUGCAUCCUGCUUCAUCAUCAUCCUGGAACAGGUGCGUCUUAUGAUGAAAGUACACUCCUUUGUCAGGGAGACUGUACCUAAAGUUUUGACCUGGGCUAAAGAGAAAAAGAGCCCCAGCCCAGUGGUCCCUCAGGUUUCUCAGUAUAUCUACUUUCUGUUUGCACCGACACUCAUCUACAGAGACAAGUACCCACGGAACCCAGUGAUCAGAUGGGGAUAUGUGGCCACAAAAUUACUUCAGAUACUAGGCUGUCUGUUUUAUGCCUACUACGUGUUUGUGCGGCUGUGCAUCCCCCAGUUUCGCAGUGUCAGUUUACAGCUGUUUGACCUGAAGGCCAUGGUCCUCUGUGUCUUUAACUCAAUCCUGCCAGGUGUAUUGGUUCUCUUCCUGGGAUUUUUUGCCUUCCUUCACUGUUGGCUCAAUGCAUUUGCUGAGAUGCUUUGUUUUGCUGAUAGGAUGUUUUACAAGGAUUGGUGGAAUUCAACCUCUUUUGCCAAUUACUAUCGCACCUGGAAUGUAGUUGUUCAUGACUGGCUGUACUACUAUGUGUACCGGGACUUCCUGUGGGUGUCUCAAAAGCGUUUCAGAGCGGCAGCCAUGCUGUUUGUGUUUACAAUAUCUGCGGUGGUCCACGAGUACAUUCUUGCCAUCUGCUUUGGCUUUUUCUAUCCUGUGCUCUUCUGCCUUUUUAUGUGCUUUGGAAUGAUGUUCAACUUCAUUCUGCACGACCAAAGGAAAGGUCCCAUCUGGAACAUAAUCAUGUGGACAUCACUCUUCUUGGGUCAGGGUGUUAUUAUCUGCCUGUACUCCCAUGAGUGGUAUGCCCAGCUCUACUGCCCCUUGAAAGAGCCUUCAUUCUUGGAGUUACUGAAGCCUCGCUCCUGGACCUGUCAGCAAGGCUUGAUGGGGGACAUUGGGAGGCCAUGAGCUGUGUUUGGACGACAGCGGAAGAGUAUCGCUCAUCAUCCUUAUUCUUACUGUAAUAACCUUUGGGUCUGUAAAUAUUUUUGUUUAUCCUCUGCACUAAGUUUAUGAAGUACGUGCGAUUGUAGUUUUGAGGCCCUGUACGUUUCUCCCAAAAUGUUCCUUUACUCUCACGGCUAAUUCACAAUGAUGCCUUACUCAUAAAUUUUAUUUUCAAAGGCAACCCCACAACAAAAUUACACAUUCACAUAAAACACAAAUGUGAACUCUUAUUUUAUGUACUAUUUAUUUUUCAUGUUUUCCAGUUACUUUUGCCUUGAUCAACUGUGAAUCCAGUCCCUGUGCCAACACAAUGGUGACCAUAAUGACAAAGCAGCUAGAUACAAAUCCUAUUCAUAUAUGCAGUAAUCAAUGAUAUUUAGCCAAAUUUGUAACUGCCACUCUCUUGUAAUAUACAUUUGUUAUGCUGCUUUGAAAAAAUCUUUGGUGUCAUUUAUAUUCAUUACCCCAAAUAUUUAUUUUGAAAAAAAGCCGGUGUAUGAGUUAUGUAUUUUAAUUUACUGUUAACUUCUCUUAAAAGGACAUAGUUGGCAAUUAAUUCAAUAGUAAAUGUAAUGCUAUAGUUCAGCCAUUCUAUGAUUCAGACACAAUAGUUUUACACCUCAAAUUGUGUAUUUUCCGAAUCCUACAUUUAGUUUUUACCUUUUUGUUACAAGCUGUAAAGCCACACAGGUCAGGAGUUUGGUGCUCUGUGCCAAAAGACAAAAUGUCAAACAAAAAGAUGACACUGUGGAGUUAAAAUACUUUGUGACUACUGAAUGUAUUUGUGAAUAUUGAGUUGAACUGGCUUGAAUGUGCACCGAGAGUCACGUUUCUUGUAAACUUAAAGCAAGUGAUAUUUUGUUAAAGGCCACUGUUGUGUGAAUUAUGUACUGUGAUUUCAAAUGCAAUGUGAAAUCACUAUGUAAAAAUGUUUGCAGAUGGCUGCUAGAAUAUUUUAACACUGAUGACACCAAGGACUGAGAUUUGCUUUGUCAAAUACUCAGUAUCUUAAAUAAGACAUGCUCAGUGACAUCUUGUACAUUUGUAUUAUUUGAAAGACAUUCCAAACCAAUUAUUUCACAGUUGAUGUUGCCAAUUCAGACAUGUGGUAACUGGGAGACUGUAUGUAUUCUUAUGGAUAAUGAGACGUAUUAUCUCAAAGUAAAAAAAACUAGUAGUGUGGAAACUCAGAACUAAACACUACAUGGCCACAAGAUGGCACUGUAUUAAAGGGUUUUGAUUUCUUCUGCUCAUGAUGGCAAAACACAGAGACUUCUUUAAUGUCCUUUUCAAAAUGAAGGUACCAACAACUAUUUUUAUAUCUGUAAAUAUGUCACAAAUAUUAUAUUAUAAUAAUAUUAAUAGCAGUAAAAGGAGCCAGGGUGCAGAGACGCUGCUUAUUUUGAUUAUUUAUUUUGUGAGCGGAGCUUUGCCUGAUUUACCUUGAUAAUUGUUGUUGGGGGGUUUUUUGUUUUGUUUUUUGGGGUUUGGGCUUUUUUUUAUGCCAUGAAUUGUGGCAUGUGGCAAUUUGUGUUUCCGUAUGUUCUAUUUUUGGUUGGCAAACAAAUGUCUGAUACAUUCCACCUCAAAGUCAUAUCACAUUAUGAGAACUGUGGAGAAAUAAAAAAAUGGACUUAUA